AUGCUGGAAGAAUGGGAGAUGCCAUCUCCUCAGUUUUUACUGUUCUAUCACAUUUAUGAGAUUGUCAUGUAUUUUCUCAGUGUUUCAUUGACUGUUUUGGCUGUUGUUGUUAUGGUUAAAUGUGAGUUCUUGCAACAUUUCUUUAGACGUAGGUCAUCUUUAUGGUAUAGUUGGCUAAAUUAAGGGGUAAUACUAGUGGCGCUUUGAGCUAGGGCUCUAGAAUAGGGUUUGGGCUAGGACUAGGACUUUGGGCUAGUAUUAGGUAGAGGAUUAUGGCUAGAGAUAGGGUUUGGGAUAGGGUAGGACUAGGACUAGAACUAGGAUCAAAAAUAGAACUAGGAUUAUGACUAGUGGGCCAGGUCUAGGGCUAGGGUAGGGCUCUGGGCUAGGUAUCUGGGCUAGUGUUCUGGGUUGGGGCUAGGGUUAGGGCGAGGACUAGCACUAGGCUAGGGAUCUAGACUAGGGUUUAGUCUGGUUCUAGGUCCUGGGCUCGGGCUAAAUCUAAGACUACGGCUAGGACUUGGGCUAGGACUCGGGCUAGGGUUUUACUCUAGGGCUCUGGGCAAGGGAUAUGCCUAAGGCUUAAACUAGGUUUAGGGCUCUCUCACCUUAUUAUAAAUGUAUGACUACGUAUUACAGCUAAAUCCCGAACCCUAAAGAGUUACAAAUGGUUCCUCUUAAACUCAAUGAUAUGGUAAGCUAAGCUUUUUUCAUACUUAUGUUACCAAGACAAAGCUAAAUAAUUACAACUCAAAACACCUUCAGGGGCUUCUUCUUCGACUCAAUUGUAACAACGAUAGGUGCCUUUGCCCUAUUCCCAAUACCGUGCUAUGUUGGUACUGGAGUGGCAUCAAACUUGCAUGGAAACUGGCAAGUAGCCUACUUUUUUGUUGGUGUUAAUGCUCUGAUUGGCAAAUCGAUUGCAGUUGCUUUGCAGUUGGCGCGUCGGUAUAUCUAUUCUCUACCGUAUGACUCGGUAAUUCGUCGUUACUUCAGUGGAUCUACAAAAUACGAGAUUAAAUUGCGACUUAGCGCUUACAUUGCUGUCUGUUUCUUUGUUAACGUAGGUUAAUUUCUGGUAUACGGUGCUAUAUAGUCAUUCUAUGUACAAUGAAGUACAAUAUAAUACAACUUCUGAACAAUGAAAUACAAUACGGCACCACAAAGUACUAUAAAGUAUAACUUCUGUACAAAGAAGUACUAUAUAGAACAACUUUUGUAUAACAGUACUAUAUAGUACAACUUUUGUAUAACAAAAUACUAUAUAGUACAACUUCGGCAAAAUGAAGUACUAUACAGUGCGGCUUUUAGGUUACAUUGAUAUACGUCUUUCCAAACCAAACACAAGAAAAGCAGUACCUACUAGCUGCCGACCCAUCCUUAGCAACUUUAUUUGAUAACUAUCCUGGUAUGACCUGUUUCUCCACCGGUACCAACAUAAACUUUCUCUUAGUACCUAUUACAAUCCUAUAUAGUGCAGCAAUUAUGCUCUACCUCUGUUUAUACAUGGUCUACCGUAAUGUACACAGGAACGGUACCCACUCCUCCACAACCAAAAAUCUUCAAAUAAUGUUGUUCAACUCACUGUGUGCACAAACUGUCAUCAUCACCAUCAUGGCCUUCGUACCAGCUUUCUUCUUCUUCGUACUGCCAUUGCUUGGUGUUAGGAAUAUGCCUGUGAUUACUGCGUGUUGCUUCAUGGUCCUUUUGGCACACACACCUUCGGAUUGUAUUAUGGUACUGCUUUUCAUAGCACCAUUUCGCAAGUAUUUGAUUAAAAAGUGGCAACAGCUUUGGCAUGGAAAGGUUCAACCGUCUGAUCUGUCGAGAAACAGUAUUACCAUCAUGUGA